AUGGGGAUGGGGCGUGAAAUUGAGGACCAGAUGAAGCUCGAAACGUGGACCAAGGUGGCCAGAAAGAUGGUUGAAGAAGCCGGCCACUUCAUAAUCCCGUUGCGAUGGCCCGACUUGUGCUUCUCAAGGGACUAUACGGGCUUCGAAUCGCUCCAAGGCUGUGGUUUGAGGCUCUCGGGCUUCUUCAAGAAGCUGGGCGCUCAACAACUCGUCGAAGAUGCCUGCGUGAUGACUUAUAAAGGAGUCAUCAUCUUCUUCUUUGUGGAUGACAUCGUGAUGAUGUAUCCAAAAGAAAAGAAGGCCGAAUGGGAAGAACUUCACGCUGCCAUUAUGAAGGAAUAUACCAUCAACCACAUGGGGGAACUUCGCUGGUUCCUAGGGAUUGAAGUCAUCAGGGAUAGGGCCCAGAAGAAGCUUUGGCUCGCUCAAGCCUCGUAUCUCUCGAAGAUGGCCAAGAAAUUCCACAUUGAGGACGAUGAUCAGAUCCUUGGCGUGCCCCAGAUCCCGAUAACGACCGAAGAGCUCAAGCCAUACGAGAAGACGGCUACUAGGGACGAGGUUCAUCAAUAUCUCUCUCUAAUUGGCUCAAUUCUUCACCCAGCGAUUCACACCAGACCCGACGGUGCGUUCCCGGUUGGAAAACUGGCACAAUUCAGCCAUAACCCGGGCCCGAAGCAUAGGAGAGAGGCCAGGAGAUGCCUGGCAUACCUCUAUCACACGAGAGAUCGCUGCAUCUGCUUCUCAGUCAAAGAAGCUGAACGCAGGUUCCUCUGCGCUUCUGAUUCAUCCUUUGCAGACAACCCGGAGACUCGAAAAUCCUCACAGGGAUAUGUCUUCUUGUUUCUAGGCGGACCCGUUGACUGGAAGGCUACGAAACAAGCGACUGUGACGACGUCGUCCACAGAGGCCGAAUUGCUGGCCCUGUCAAGCGCGGCGAAGGAGCAAAUGCAAUUUUCCCGGCUAAUUAAAGAGCUUGACAUCAAGGUAGAAGGCACCAAUGAGCUAUGGUGCGAUAACCUGCAGACCAUCAGGCUCCUGACUGAACUAAGCGCAAAGCUCAAGACGAACCUUAAGCACAUCGAUAUCCAUCGUCACUGGCUUCGACAGGAGGUUCAGGAAGAAAGACUCCAGAUCACAUGGAUCAAGUCUACGGAGAAUCCCGCUGAUGGAAUGACAAAGGCCCUUCCCCAGCAAAAGCACGAAGCUUUUGUCAAGCAGCUAGGGAUGCAAGGAGACCGGUGGCACCAAUUGAAGCCGAUGCGCCGGAGGACAGUUUCGACAGUAUCACCACCCAGAGAGAUAUAG